UACGUAGUAGAUAUAUACCUACGUAUUAAUUAGAUAUCUGCUGCAUGUACCUGUAGUGUGUUUCUCCCUUCUCAAAGCAGUAAUCUCACGCAGCUUAUCCGUCCGUGCCAAUCGAAUCUCGCAGUCAGUCGUUCGGUUUACUUACGGGGAGUUAUUUAGUGCAACUCCAAGUACCCGUCGCUGUUGUAAAUAUAUCUAGUGAACCUCGGAAGUUCGCAACUACUGCGCACCAGUAGUGGUAUCAUCAUCAUCGUCACCAUCCAUCAUCAUCGUCAGUAACGAAGCACUUGUACGGAGGAACGAUAGUAGGACGCCAGUCUGUCAGGCGUCGACGAGGCAGUAAGGAAUUUCAUUCAUCAGCAGCCAGUGACGCAAGAAAGAAGAAGGUGGUACACGGCUGUCCUCGAAUCUGAGGAGACAGACACGGAAGGGCGCGGAAGAUCCUGACAAGCGCGUUCGUCUGGACGCAGACUACCCCGACGAAGAAGAAGAAGUAUAUGUAAACAAAAGUGAUGAGGUGGACAAGUGGAUGAUCGAGGAUCGUCAAUAGUAAAAAGAUUGUCUGUGUUUGUUGGUUUGGGACAAAGGAGAAAGUUUACCUGUUUGAAGAUGGGCCUGUUGCUGCAGUUGGUGCUUGUGUUGAUCGGGUUAGUCCUGAUACGACUUGCCUACCUGUUGGUGGUGAUACGAAACAAUUCUCGGCGGAAUGUUGGUGCAGAAUCGGUCGUCGGAGCCAAGCGGAAAGGUCCUGCCAAAACGAUGAUCGUGAUGGGUUCCGGGGGACACACGGCAGAAAUGUUGCAGAUUGUGGAACGAUUGGAUUUCGGCAAGUACGCUCCCAGGCAUUACGUGAUAGCAGAGGCCGAUAAGACCAGUGUGGUGAAGGUGAUCGAUGUCGAGGUUCGCCGAGAGCCGGAUCUGGCCAAACAGCAGUACGAAAUUAUGACCAUUACCCGGAGUCGUUAUGUCCAUCAGGGUUACUUCAGCUCGAUAUUCACCACCCUGAUAGCUCUUGGGAAUAGUAUCCCGGUGGUGCUACGAUCCCGACCGGAAUUGAUUCUGACCAACGGUCCCGGGACAUGCGUUCCGAUCUGCUUGGUCGCAUUUCUGGCCAAGCUGUUCUUCAUCAACCGUAACUGUAAAAUUGUCUUCGUCGAGAGCUUCUGUCGCGUGAAGAGCCUCUCACUCAGUGGCCAAAUCCUCCAGUGGAUAACGGAUUUGUUCGUGGUGCAGUGGCCCGGGCUGGCCGGAAGCGAUGGCGCUGGUCGGAAGAAGGAAUACUUCGGACGGUUAUCGUCAUGAGUGUCAAAAUGACCCUCCCCGCACCCCCACCCCUACCCAUCCAGUUCAGCAGUGACAAAGAGCGAAUAAAACGCGUCCCAGUCCACCGUCCGUCAGAUCCGAGCGUGCCUGAGUCGUGCGAGAAUGAGAGAGAUGAAGCGCAAAGAUUGAGAGUGAAUUUUGUGGAAUCUUAUGUAUCUUUAUCAUUUAUCAACUAAUUAAGGUUACAGAGGAAAAAAAAAAGUGCUAGGAUUAGCAGUGCUGGUGUAUAAUUGUUUUUUUUUUUAUAUAUA